AUGGAUGGCAUCAGCGAGCAUCAACUUUUCGGUGACUUUGAACAUAUCGGACGUAGCGAUGGCCCCCAUGUUGGCGGCAAAAACUCCUCUCGGCCAAAGGAGUCGCUUGCCUACUGGCAUUACAUCGAAACCAACGGUAUCCGUGCGGAGAUGUCCCGUCUCAUAGCAGACUGGGAAUCGGGAAAGGCUCAUCUCGCCGAGACCGGCCAAGCGGUACGCAAGUUGUUCCUCCGGGGCAACUGGCCAUCCGACGUAGAGACUGCUGUUCGCUCUGCAUAUCGCCGGCUCUCUACCAAAGCAGGUGUCGAGAAUCUCAGCGUGGCUGUCCGAUCCAGCGCGACGGCAGAGGAUCUCCCGGACGCCAGCUUCGCCGGACAGCAAGAAUCAUACCUCAAUAUUGUGGGCGAAGACGCCCUCCUGGAUGCAUGUCGGCGGUGCUACGCAUCUCUUUUUACAGACCGGGCCAUCAUCGAUAAAAAGCGUGGCGACAAGUCCGUCAAGAUGAUCUACGGCAAUGGGCAGACCCCAACCCGAAACGUACCUACCUCCAAGGCCGAGCGCGCCGCCCUGGUCCUCACCGAUGCGGAGAUUCUGAAACUGGCGCGUUGGGCCUGCACGAUCGAGAAACACUAUGGCUGUCCCAUGGACAUGGAAUGGGCCAAGGACGGUCUCACCGACGAGUUGUUCAUAGUCCAGGCCCGACCGGAAACCGUGCACUCGCGUCGCGAUGCGACAACCGCUUUCAAGACGUAUCGGAUUGGCAAAAGAGGCCGCAAGCUGGCCACAGGGUUGGCCGUGGGCGAUGCCGCCGUAUCUGGUCGGCUCUGCCUGAUCGAAUCUGCGCACGAGAUGGACAGAUUCGUCGACGGCUCCAUUCUAGCCACGUCCACGACUGACCCGGACUGGGUGCCGAUUAUGAAGCGCGCCGCGGCGAUCAUCACCGACCAUGGUGGACGAACCUCCCAUGCAGCCAUUGUCAGUCGCGAGAUUGGCGUCCCGGCAGUCGUGGGGACCCAUAAUACCACCUACGUGCUACACUCAGGACAAGAUGUGACUGUAUCAUACGCCGAAGGCGACCAAGGCUUCGUUUACGCUGGCGUCGCGGAGAUCAGCACCGAGACAGUGGACAUGAGCGGACUGUCAGCCGGCCAGACGAAGGUGAUGCUGAACCUCGCCAAUCCAGCAGCCGCAUAUCGCUGGUGGCGACUCCCUGCUGAUGGGAUCGGACUGGCCCGGAUGGAGUUCGUGGUGACCAACGCCAUCCAGGUUCAUCCGAUGGCGCUGGUGCACUUUGACCAGCUGCAGGAUGCCCAGGCCAAGGCUGAGAUUGCCCGACUCACGGCCGGGUACAACCACAAGCCGGAUUACUUCGUGGACAAGCUGGCGCACGGGUUCGCGGCGCUCUGCGCGGCCGUCUAUCCCAAACCGGCGAUCCUCCGAUUGAGUGAUUUCAAGACGAAUGAAUAUGCCAGUCUCAUCGGCGGGGCAGAGUUUGAGCCCAAGGAGGAGAACCCGAUGAUCGGGUUCCGCGGGGCGUCGCGAUACUACUCGCCGCGAUAUCGCGAGGGAUUUGCGCUGGAGUGUCGGGCCAUCCGGCGGCUUCGUGAAGAGCUAGGGUUCACGAAUGCAGUGGUGAUGAUCCCGUUUUGUCGGACGGUGGACGAGGCCAAGAAGGUGCUGCAGGUGAUGGCGAACAAUGGACUGCGACGGGGGGAUCAUGAGUUGCAGGUUUACAUGAUGUGCGAGAUCCCGUCGAACGUCAUCAUGGCGAGAGAGUUUACGGCGUACUUUGAUGGGUUCUCGAUCGGGUCGAAUGACCUGACGCAGUUGACGCUGGGGGUGGACCGGGACUCGGACGAGCUGACUGGCCUAUUUGAUGAACAGGACAGGGCGGUUAAGGCCAUGAUUGCGAAGGUCAUCCAGCAGGCUAAAUUGGCGGGGUGCAAAGUGGGAAUUUGUGGACAGGCGCCGAGCGAUCAUCCAGAGUUUGCGCGAUUCUUGGUGGCAGCAGGGAUUGAUUCCAUCUCGGUGAUUCCUGAUAGUUAUGUGAAGGUGAAAAGAGAGGUAAUGCGAGUGGAGAAGUGAUGUUAUGC